AUGGCGGGAAGGAAUGAUGCUGCGAUUAAUGCUGCCUUGGAGGCAAUGGCUCAAGCUUUGGAGCAUCAGCCGAAUGGUGGUGAGAAUGCUGCAUCUCGCAAUUUGGAUACCUUCCAGAGGGAGAAUCCACCUGUUUUCAAGGGUACCCAUGAUUCUGAUGGCGCAUUGACUUGGCUAAAGGAUAUAGGGCGAAUCUUUUGUGUGAUGGAUUGCUCUCCGGAGAAGAAGUGCAUUAAGUUUGAGAAUGGAUUGCGUUCCGAGAUCAAGAAAGUGGUUGACUACCAAAAGAUUCGUGUCUUUGCGGAUUUGGUUGAUUGUUGUCGUAUCUUCGAGGAAUAUAGUAAUGCGCACUAUAAGAUGGUUCAUGAGAAGAGGAGCAAGAGUCAGCAAGUUCGUGGCAAGCCUUAUGAUGCUCCUAGUGGCAAGAAUAAGCAGAGGGCUUAUGAGGGCAAUAAGACUAGUGGGGGAGAUGCUCCUGCUGGUAUUGUAUGCUUUAAGUGUGGCAAAGCCGAUCAUAAGAGCAAUGUGUGUACUGCUUGA